CCCUGAUUUUAAUCAACUCGCUGCAAAAGUCCAUCUUCCCUAAUGAAAAAUAACCACUCGGCAAGCCCGACUUUAACCGACUAGAUACAGCAGUCGAUUUUAACCACAGGGUCACCAUGAUUUUAGUCGAGCUUCUUCUCACUUCAAGUGUUAAAUUUUCCCGCCAGAAGUGAUGUGGCUGGAAGUGUUGCUGCUGUGCGCGCUGCUGCUGGUCUACGCCGUGCUGCGGGACCGGCGCCCCCGCAACUGCCCGCCUGGUCCUACUGAGAUCCCAUUCUUCGGGCGCAUGCCGUUCUUUGACGAAGUGGUGGCCGAAGAACUCAAGAAGAACUACGGCGACAUUGUCAUGUAUCGCACAGGGUCGUACCGCUCGGUGCUGCUCUUCGACUACCACGUCGCCAAGGAGGCGCUCGCUAGACUCGAGUUCGCCGACCGGCCAAAUUUUUUCGAAAGCUUUAACAUCGAUGACCAGAAAACUGGAGGAGUCGUGAGUAGCAACGGUCGUCAGUGGCAGCACGACAGGCGUUUUGUGCUGCGCAGCCUCC